AUGUUCGCCAACAAUGAAUCCAGCGAUAAUGAUUUAGAAGAUUUCAAAAACUUAAUCUAUGUACAAUUCAAGAAGAAAAAAUCAGCUAAAAAUCAUUUUGAGAAAAAAAUGCAGCUCUAAAACUUUAUUGAGAACUCAUAAACUUUAAUAUGCUGCCAAAAGAAAGUCUAGCCUAGACAAGAUAUCUUUCUCAUUAAGGAAAAAGAAAUCUCUCGAUAAUUCCUUAAAAUAAAUAGUAGCAAAGCUCAUGUCCUUGUAUAGAGUGCUUAAAAUCUGGUUGAAAAACAUUUAGCAGAGUUGUAUGAAAAUAUCAAAAAAGCAAAAAUGAAACUAAGCUAAAUUGAAGAAUACGAUAUAAAAAAAGAAAUAGAAAAUAAAGAUUUUAGCAAGAUACCUUAGUUCGAGAAAAUGAGAUAAAAUGAGAAGCAUGUGAUAUUUACAUUCGAAGAAAAAUAUCGAAAUAGAUUGUAUUAUAGAUCAGUUCUCAUUUUCCCUACUUUAGUAUCUGAAAAACUGAAUAUGGUCUUGGACAAUAAGGCAUAUCAAAAGAAAAAACUUGCAGAGAACAGCAUAUUCUUGAGGACUUUAGAGUUUCUAUUGAAGAAAAAGAUAACAAACUUGCAUAACUUCUUAAAUUAUGAUAAUCUUGUUAGCUAAACAAAUUCUGCACCUUAAUAUAUUUCACCCUCGCUAACUUCAUAGAAUAACAAGAAUUUUUUGAAUUUUAGAAAAGAUUUUAUUUCAAUGGAGAGGCUUAUAGAUUCUAAAUAAUAAACAAUCAUUGGUGGAGAUUAGCAAAAAUUCUUUUUAACUGCAUUUGUCCCAAUAGAUAGUCAUAAUUAAGACAAAUUAGAAACUAUCAAAAUCGUUAAAUGUGUAGGAAUAAUAUAGGAUGAAUCUCUGAAUGAUUUUAACUAUUAAUAUGAGAUAGUAUUAAACUAGCAACAACGAGAUAAUAUUGCAAAUCACAAGAUCUUGAUAGAACAAAUAUAAAGUUGUCAAUAGACAAAUAUCCAGGAUAUUUCAUAUUAAUUGAGAAUGAAAUAACAAUUUUAUCCAAAUUUGAAGUAUAAAAGGAUAACUAUACCUAUUGAUGACUUUGGACCUUUCAAAAACCUUUAAGAAUGGAUCCUUAAUAUAUCACUCUAUCAUACAUUCAUCUAUUACAUGAUGAAUUAGUUCUAGAUUUGA